AACAUUGCUACAAACUUCCGGUUAUAAAUAAUAUGUUUUGGUAUUCGUUUUUUUUAUUAUCUGGGUUAGUUUCUAUGUGAUCAGUUUAUGUAUUUUUCUAAUCAGUUUCAAUUAUGUCUAACCCCCGUGUGGAAGCAGGAAAGUCAGGCACAACUCUGGUUCAUUUUCUUUGUCAAAGAUGCAAUCUUCCACUGAAAAUAGAUUCGAGCUUUAGCGACAUCUCUCGAGAUUUGUUCAAAGAACUGACAGGUAACAAAAACAAUUUCAAUUACCAAAUAUUUGGCCAAAUAAAUUUACCCUAAUUAGGAAUAAGCCUACUAAUACUAAUAUAUUAUUAAAUUUUCAUUCCUUUUUAUUGCUUUAAAAUAAAUUUGUUUAUAAAAGGCCUACCCUAGGCUUAAGGCUGAAGGGUUAGGCUAAGUUAAAGCAGUAAAUAACUGGGGUACGGAAUGCAGGUCCCAAAUUGAUCAAAUUCAAAUCAAAUUAUAAAUAUCAAAGCACUACAAAAUCGCAUGGAAUGAGAAGUUAACUUUGUCAGUUUAAUAAUGUUUGCUAAUAAAUGUUCAUAAUCAUAUGUGAUAAGUGGCACUCAACAAGUCAACGAGUAGUUUAAUAAUGUUUACAAAGUGCUUGGUCAAAUAUGAUGAUUGUCUCUCAACAAAUUCAAAUACCUGACAAUGUCAGAAAAUGUGUGCAAGACACAAGUCGUCAUAUUUUUUUUGGUUGUGAAAGCAUGACUGGAAAGCACACAAAUAGCUUGGAAACUGGCAUGGUUUCAUUUGCUUUGACUUUGAUAAAUGUAUGGAAUUGUUGAACAUGUCACCAGUCGAUGUUGGUUGGAAAUCGUAGCACGGAGCAAUGCUUUAUAACUGAUCUUGUACUUCAAGGAAUUGUGUUACUGAUGAAUUGGCUGACUAUGCUAAUGUCAUCAAAUUAAAAACGGAGUUGUCAGAAUAAUGUCUUAGAACAGCGUUUCCCAAGCUUUUUUGUGCCAUGCCCCACCUAAGCCUUGUUGGGUUUGCAAGACAAAAUGAGGUAUCAAAUGAAAGAUAAUUGAAUGGACUAUAUGUUUUUAAAGUUACUUCUUAAGUUUUACUAAAAUAAACUACCACAAAUGACAUCCGAAUAGCUUGAGUCUAAUGAUACCUGGGUGCAAAUGGUGGUGCUGUGUGUCUGGGUCCAUUUUGACUCAGUGCUAUUCGGAUGUCAUUUGUGGUAGUUUACUUUAGUUAAACUGAAGAAUUAAGUUUCACGUCUUUGUACUCUUUUUCCAGAACAGCUUUAAGAAAUGCUGAUAUUGAUGGUUUGAUUAAAUACUCUCCAUUAGUAUAAUUUUCCCCAGAUUUAGCGAUGAGUAAAGAUAACUAGACCCAAGAGUACGGAUUGACAGUGGCAGCAUGAGGAGUAAACAGAGACUUUAAGGAUGUUCUUUGUCAAAAUUUCUCUUUAAUGUUUGAAAGUAAUUUAAAGCUGAAAUAAUAUAACAAUGUUUGGUCUUCAAAUGCGCCUCAAGAUGGAUGGUUUUCAAAUUCUAGACAGCUCAUUUUCAAAUCGCCCCACUUGACGAUGAAAUUGCCUCCCUGUGGGGCCCCACUUUUGGAAACACCGUCUUAGAGCAUGCCCAAGAUUUAUCUUUCAAGCCUAAAUUGCGUUAUCAAGGUGGAACUAUUGGUAGCCUGUUUCCAAGCUACUUGUGGUGCUUUCCAGUGGCGCUAUAGCCACAAGGAAAUAUCUUCGGACAGUACUUAAAUUUGUUGAGUGAAAGUUAUCACAUUUGACCAUGUUCUUGGUAAAACAUUAUUGAACUGCAAAAGUGACUGCUCAUUUGAUGCGUUUUACUAGUGUUUUGAAUUUAAGACCAGUGUUCGGAGAAUGCCAAUUUGUGUAUUAUUAGUAUUACUAUAAAUAAUAUGAAGGCCUGGUCGGGGUUAAAAAAAACUGUACUAACCCAAGCCAAAGUGGACCCAACUAAGGCCAACUAAUACAUUUUUGGCCAAAAAAUAUAUCUUUUUUACUUCAUAACUCUUUAGGCAUUUAAUUUUAUUUCAUAUUCAUAGCCAGUCAAGCCUGCUUUAUUUAAACUGUGUCUAAUGAAUAUGGAUUUUUUUUUAAAUUUAUAUAAUCUGGCUGUAGAAAAUUAAUUAAUUAGAUAUAUGUGCCCUUGCCUUGCCCUAAGCCUUUCUGCCCUUUAGUCAAUAAAAAAUGAUAUGUUAAUUGCUAGGGUGAUGGACUAUUAAUUAUGAAAUUAUCAUUUUCAAUAAUAGGAUGUAAUGUAAUAAGGGGCUAUCCAUAAAUUACACCCCCCACCUCCCCAUUCAUCACAAAAAGUUAGAUUCCCCCUUAAAUAUAACAUCACUAACCUCUGCACACACCCUCCCCCCUUAAAACUCCCUCUGUCCACUAUUGUCCAUUACAAACCCUUACAAAAAUCACCUCCCAUAGAUAUUGAAUUACUGCACCUGGGUCAGAACCAAUUCCCUAGAACAGUGAUUCUUAAACAUCCCCUGUGUAAGCAUCCCCUGUGGUGCAGAAGACCCAGAAAAUAAAUUUCAUAUGCUGCCAAUGCUAGUUGUUCCUGCCUUUAUAAAUAAAAUAAUUUUUCUAUGCAUUUUGACAAGCAGCAGUAAAUGUUUUUUUUUUCUGGUGAAUUUUAUUUCCACAUUACAUGUAUUGGUAUAUUUUUUCUUGUAUCUAGAACCAAAGGAUAUUAAAUAAAUUAUUUCAUUAUUUUCAUGUUUGAAAUUAUAUUAAUAUUUAAUUUGGGGGUGGGGGGAGAGGAAAUGUUUAAAAUUUGAGAAGGGAUGAAGCACUGUGUAAAGUUUAAGUAUACCUGGGAUAAAACAUUAACUAAAUCCCCCCCCCCCCUCCUCAGUCCAACAUGUUUCAUUCCAUCUCAUUCCUGUGGUAGCCCAAAGUCUAUGAUUCUCGUUUCCACAUUUUGAUACACAUUUUCACAAUUAUCACAGUCACUAAACCCAGAUUCUCCUCCUCCGUGGCGUCCUGUAACUCGAUCAGAUACCAUGCCCCGGACCACGAUUACCUAUACUGAUUUUCUCAGUGAUCGUGUUUAAAAAUAAAAUAAUUAUAAUUUUUGUAUAUAAAGAAUAAUGUAGUUAAAAUGUCUGUAAUUUAGUGUUAUGAAGUGUCUUUUUUUUUUCAAGAAUGAUCGCAUUUACUGUGAUGUCACAUCCCUUUAACCCCCCUCCCCCUCAUCACACAAUGUCACAAAAAUGUGACCCCCCCCCCCCAAGCUUGUGAUGUCAUUUAUGAUUUAUAAAUGAUAAAUGUCAUAUAUUUAUCUCAAUGCUAAUAAACAUUCUUUUGGGGCAGAAGCUUUUUGUCUUUUAUAACCCCAGCAUAUUUAUUUAUUUAUUUAUUUAGGCAUUUUUAUAUAGCGCUUACCAUAAAGCUCUAAGCGCUUUACAAUUAUUAAAAACAUGUAAAGUAAGUAAAAUAAAAAUGAGACACUAGGAUAGUAACUACUAUACUAUAGAAACAAUGAAAAUGGCUAUAAUACAGUGGCCUUCCUCCUCUUCCUUUUUUCUAGCUAUGGGUCAAUAUUAUAACUUACAACCCUUCUGUUGACUAGGGUUGCACCAAUUAAUGGGCAGGUAGCAGGUCAUGUAGAAUGGUCAAAUAAUCCUAAUUGGUUGAUCCAUUUGACAAUCAAUGCAAAAAUUCUGAUGUCCAUCACUCAAAUAAUAACUAUCCCUUUGAUUCUUUUUUUUCUCAGAACCUUUGGUUUGUGUGUCAGAUAUGGAUGACAGCAUCCAGUUUAUAAGACCAGAGGUAAGCUCCAAGAUAUUACAUCUCUAAAGAGGUCAUACUCUCAAUAAAUGGUCAGUUCACUCACUGAAACUGAAUGAUCCAUCUAUGCACUCAUUGAAUGGUCCAUCCAUUAUUUAAUAGCUCAUCCCCUCCCAGACAUAUUGUUCAUCCUCUUACUGAACAGACCUUCCCCUCAUUGAACAGUCCUUCCCUCAUUGAACAGUCCUUUCCCCUCACUAAACAGUUUAUCUCCUGUGAUUAGUACAUUAAGAGUCAUAUACCGGGUAUUUAAAAAUAUAUAGAUAUUUUAAUUGAUGACCUAUUCCAAAAACCCAAUGAAUUCUACACAUCUUUUAUAAUUGUCACCAGGAGCUUGUAAUGGAGGAAGAUGAAGAUUAUACAGAAACAUUUGUGUCAAGAGGGGGGUAAGCAUCACACUGUGUGUAUUUUGAAACGGCACAUAAACUGUUCUAGAGAAGAUGUAUUCAAAAUGAUAAAUUUAAAUCAAAAUUUCCCACCAUGAACACAAUUUUAUGGUUUAAUUAAAAAAUAAAAUUACUCCAAGUUACUCUUUAAAUUUACUGGUGACUUCGAGCCAAUUAACUCUUUAAGUUAGUAUAAUUUUUCUAUAGUUUUGAGGAAUCAAAUGACUUCACCCUGGUUGGGAAUUUGGGACCAGGAAGCAUGGAUACCCUUAGUAUAAGAUCCAGGGUGAGUUUAUGUUCAAUUUACGCCGAUAAUAGUCAUAUAAAACUGUUGUUUUUUUUUAAUAUGAUAACGAUAUGUGCCAGAUUUGUAUUUCUUAACUGCCUUAAUUAUAUAUUUUGAAGCAAAUUUAAUUAUACUAAAACAGGAUUUUUUUAGGACAUUUUUUCAUGUAAUUUUGUCUUGAUUUAUGAUACUGUUAAGCAUGCUAACUUCUUUCAUUUUUUAUUUGUUUGGUCAGGUAACAGGUCACUUGUUUGAUCUCAUGUCAGGCUGUUCAGAUAUUGAUCAUCCUUUGUGUGAGGUAUUUUAAUUAUAAAAGCAUUGUCUUCUAACUUUGAGGUUCUUAACUUUCUUAUCAAGUCUUCCAUACAUUCUGAUCAGUAAUCUGUGUGCGUUUUAAUUUUUUUAAAGCUUGCUUUAGUAGUAACUGAUGUCAUAAGGAAUAUUCCAUGUUUUCUCCUGUUUUAUUUUUUAGUUCAAGAAGCUCUGGAAUUUUUUUAUUAAGUUACAAUAUAAAAUUUAAAUAAUGAAAAGUUAUGUUUCUUUAAAUAUAUAUAUUUUAACUAAUUUUGUCUCAGGAAUGUACUGACCAUUUGCUUGACAGUCUUGACCAUCAGUUGAAAAUUGUGGAGGAUGAAAACAAAGAAUACAAGUGAGUUAAAACUUAUUAAGUUAUAUGUAUGAUUAGUUAAGGAAUUUCAUUUGACGAAAAUAACCUUUUCAAAUAUGUUGACAUUUCCUGUGACUGAAUAUUACUUUAUCAAAUAUGUUGAUAGCUGGGUAAAUCUUAGCCAGUCCUAUUUAAUCGUUUGCAUUUACACCUUAAACACGGAUUACUUCCUAAAAGCCAAUGUGGAUUCCAUUCAAAUGGGGCACUGCUGACAUCAUAUUAGCAGCAAGCCAACUCCAGGAAAAAUGUCAAGAGCAACACAGUGACCUGUUCAUCACCUUUGUUGAUCUGACUAAAGCAUUUGACUCAGUCAGUAGAGAUGGCCUGUGGAAGAUAAUGGAGAAGUUUGGCUGCCUAAGUAGAUUUAUUACAAUAGUACAUCAACUUCAUGAUAAUUAGCAGUCAUAAUACCGGUCCCUUUUACCAAACAGGUAUUUUCAAUAUUGAAGUUUUAUGAAUACCGGAAUCCCGAUAUUUUUUAGAUUUUCAAUAUUUAGAAAAUUUUUAGUACACAUUAGAGGUGAGAUUAAACUGUCUUUCAAAUUCAUCUUAAUACCGGUAUAUGUAAAGAUAGAUUUUUAAAUCUAUAAGUGCUUUCUUAAUAGGAUUUUUUAGUCUUACUUUUCUUCCUAACAUGGCCGCUAAAUUCAAAUUAAGCUCACGACCAAUUUCUUCUUUUACAUAUUUCUGAGAAUCGUAUUUUUGAUAGGCAACUUUCUGAAAAUUUUUGCAAUUUUUCGCACUUUCCGGAUUAAAUCUUUGAAAACAAAUUCAUUAUUUGUUGAAACACUCUAGAGGAAAGCGCUCAGUUGGUGGGCAGAAAAAGCACUUCAAGGACUGUAUAAAAGCUUCACUUAAAUCCAUGGACAUUGACCUUGAUAUGUGGGACACACUUGCCAUGGAUAGUGCAAGCUGGCAUGGCAGACUGUCAGAGCAAAAUCCUCAGAAUAUAUUGUACUGAUCAUGCCCAAAGAAUGCGCAUGACAAGAAAAAGCAAAAUCAACUCAAAUCCAACUAGGAUCCAAUACGUGUGGGAAAGCUUUCCAGGCACAGGUUAGGCCGGCCACUUGCACUCACCAUGUUUUAUAGUAUUUCCACUGACUGAAUACUUCCUGUUCAGAUAUGUGACAUUUCCACUGACUGAUUAUUCUCUGUUAAAAUCUAUUGACAGACUCACAUGUAAAUGCAUGAUAACAAAACUUUAUUUGUCAAUAUCAGUAAAGCAACUGUCAAAUACAUCACCAUUUAUUUUUUAAGCACUUACAUUUAAUUUCUAAUUUAGGGAUUUUUUGGACAAACUGGGUCCUUCAGUGGAUGUGGAUAUCGAGGCUGAGCUUGAAGAGGAACUAAAUCAGGUCAACAGAAUUUUUUUAAAGAAAUAAACAAAAGAUUUUUUUCCUAUAUUUUUUAAAUAUCACAACUUAUUUCUUUAGGCAUAUUUGGCAGUGUUGUUUUUAUUUGUGUGUAAUGCAUCGCUCUACUUAACCCCAAAAAAAUAAAAAAAAUAAUAUAAAACUAAGUUACAUAUUCUUAUCAGUUUUUUUUAAUGUUGAUUUCUGUGAACAAAUUAUGUCUUAUGAAUCUCAUUUUACCACCUCAUAUACAAAUUGCAUUGCAUGUUAUUCAAUUUACAAUCUAUUUUUAAAAAUUGAAUAUUCAUACAUAUGCAUCUUAUGUGUUGUAUUCCUCAGCUGUUGCAAGAAGAAAAGCGCCUGAUGCAGGAGCUAGAGCAAGCUGAAAUAGAAAGGGAAAGGGUCUCUGAGGCCAUGGCAAUUGAGAAGGGCAAAGCAAAAAAUCUAGAUGAAGAUGAGGAGAUGUAGGCUAUAUUUUGUAAUAGUUACUUUCCAUUCGAAUGAAUAUAUUUUAAGGUAGAUUUAUUCCUCUUGAACACCUGCUGAGAACCUAUCUUGAGAUAAAAAAAUUAAAACCUAUUACAGCAUGGUUUCCCAGCCUGGUGGGUGAGCACCUCCAGGGGGUUGGAAAAUGGCAUUUCAAGGAGUGCGAGGAACACUAAUUAUAAGAGCAGUUGACCUAAGUUAUAAUGUAAAUGUUUUAUAUACUAAUUUUCUUCUAUUACAAUAUAACUUUUUUUGUAAUAAAUUACAAGUUUCUUUUCAAAGAUAUACAGUUCUCUUUGUAAUAAAUCCAAUAAACAAAAUUUGAAGAUCUUUUUUCUUUCUUUUUUAUAUUUUUUUUUUCCAAUUUUAAAUUGCAUUGAUAUCUUUAAAGUGGAUGCAAGACUUAAAAUAGAGACCCUAGAAAAGUUUGGGAAACACUGUUUUGAAGCAAUAAAUUCAAAACUUUUCUUAAAUUUUUGUAACAUGAAAGUUACCUUAUUUCAUACCUUGUUUCUUACAGUUAUUGGCAUGAGUACAAUGAUCAGUGCAGGAUUGCCAUUGAAUUGGACGAUGAACAAAAAAGGUGAGUUUUUGUCCCUGAUUACAAUGUUACCUCUGUAUUCAACAUUCAUGUUGUGGGCUUCCCAUCUCACAUAAAAUUAAAUAGAUUUAUACAACCAACCAUUUAUAAGUAAUGGGAUACAGGAUUUAUUUUAUUUCAACAAGUUAUGAACUCCUUUUUAUUGUUUAACAAGUUAAAAAAACAAAACAAAAAUAAAAAUGAUGGCUGUCAAAUGCACAGUUACAUCUUUCUCAUUCAACCAGUGUUGACAAUCAGCUGAGGUAUGCCCAAGCACAGCUGGACAGACUCAAGAAGACCAAUGUAUUUAAUGCAACAUUCCAUAUAUGGUAAGAAAAUGAAUGACAUCAUUCUAUCCAAGAAAGGCAUGGGGGGAAGGAGGUGGGAUGAAGGUUAUCAUCUUCUCAAGAGCACCCUUAUUUUUGGUGGGUUUCGUGAUUUUGGCCGUAAGUAGAGGAUUUAAGAAUUUUAAAAAUAAUUUUGUAUCUUUAUUUUUUAUAUUUUUUUAAUGCAUUUAUUUAGAAUAGUUUUAACAAAUGUGAAAAAGCUAAAACUUUAUUAUUAAUAAUAUUUACAAAAAUUCAUCUUGUUUUAAGGCAUGAUGGAGAGUUUGGGACAAUCAAUGAUUUCCGAUUAGGAAGACUUCCAAAUACCACAGUAAGUUUUUUUUUAAUGAAAUUGUUGAAAUUUCCAAAAUCUUUUUUAUUUGUUGCUAUUGAAAAUUAACAUUUUACAAAUAGUUUGUAUUUUUCUUGCAUUUUAUUUUUAAAAUAAAGAACUCAAAUAACUUAGUUUAUUAAAAUACAUUAAAAAGGUUUUUUUUUACUCAAAUGUUUAUCUUUAAUUGUCUCUUUAAAUAUAAGAAAUGUAUAUCCUUAAACUUAAACAAGCAUUAAAAUUGACUAACAUGAAACAAAUUAAAAUAAUUUCUCUUAUGAAACAUUUAUGUUAAAUAAAGAAUUUUUAAAGUUUCAAAAGCAUAAAUAUGCCUCCAGCUGCUGGCGGAGUGUUGGUUGCUGAUGUAACAAUUUAUCUGUUGCUUCUUCAUGUAACAUUUGAUCUAUCUAUUGCUUCAUCGUGUAACAUUUGUUCUAUUUAUUGCUUUCUCAUGUAACAUUUGCUCCAUCUCUUUCCUGCAGAUUGAAUGGACUGAAAUUAACACAGCCUGGGGACAAGUGGUUCUUUUAUUAGUGUCUCUGGCCUCUAAAAUUGGGCUUAAAUUUAAAAAGUGAGUCUUUAAAAAUGUGAGAUCAAAACUAAAGAUAAUUUAUAUAAGUGAAUGGGUUUUACGCUGUAUUUAAAAAAUGGGUAUUAGUAUUACACUGAAUUUAAUGGGUAUUACAUGGAAUUUAACUUUGAGAUAAUGAGUAUUACACUGAAUUUAACUAGGUGAGGAUGAGAUUUUUUUGCAUUGUGUUGAUUUUGGCCAUCAUUUAAUAGUAGAGGAUCACUUAUCUUAUUAGGUGUUGAUGUAUGUGUACAAAAAAUUCUUUACAAUAGUAUGUUAAAAUCAUAAAAAUUGGACAAGUUUUAAAAUUUGUUAACAAAUUUCUUGCAUUUUUAUAUAACUUUAAUAAGCACUAGUAGUCACUAAUAAGCUAUCACUAAUGAUGGAGAUGAGUGGCAUCACCAGGAGUUUUCGGUGCAGACCCCAAGAGAUGUAACCAAAAUCACUGUCUUUAAAAUUGCUAACAUUACCAAGAGUAUUCUGUAAUUCAGAAGUGAUCAAGUCUGUGGGGUCGGGCACCAUGAGUAAUAGCAUUGGGGAGCACCACCCCUAGUGACCCCAAUUCUAGUGAUGCCACUGAUGGAGAACUCAAAACUUAGUUCUUGACUAAAAACCUAUGUAGUAGUAUGUAUCCAUUGCUACACCCAGGUACCACCCAGUACCCUUUGGGAACCACUCGUACAUUGAAGUUAUGGAUGAGAAGAAGGAGCUGCCGCUCUAUGGAUCAGGGGGCAUACGAUUUUUAUGGGACACCAAGUAAGGAUGACAAAUAGUAAUUAUUUUGACAGUGCUUUACAGUAAACUGUCAUCUUAUCUUAUUUGAACCUAUGUCGCUUAAAUAGCAUCUUCAUGCUUGCAAAGAUAGAAUAGAAGAAAUAUAAUAUCAAGUUACUGGGCACUGCUGGUGUCUUCUACUUCUUUACAAAUGGGUCCCUAACAUACUUACAUGUUAAUUAUAAGUAUAUUUGAUGAUUACUUAAAUUUUUUAUCUUAAUGUGCAUUUUGAUAAGUAAUGGUACUAUCUGAAAAGAAUAAUUUUUUAAUGAAAAUUAAAGUUUUGGAAAAAAAUAUUGAUUUUUUCAUAUUUUACAAACUUGAGGAAAAGUAUCCAGUUAUUUAAUUUAAGAAUGAAAUGGCAUUGAAUAAGUCGUAGUUAUGCUAAGCAUUUUGAACAAAUUAAAAAUUGAAAAAUAAAUUCAUUCCUAUUCUGCCUGAACUGAAGGUUUGGUCAGUUUCAUCUUAUUACAGACAUUGAGUGGUGAAAACUUGUUUCUUCCCACAGGUUUGAUUCUGCCAUGGUAGCCUUCCUGGAAUGUCUUCAACAGGUUGGUACCCGCCAUACACAUCCAAGGCUCAUAGUUCAUAGAUAUCCCACUUGAUUUUACAAUCUUAAUCGUAUCGUUGUUUUGCAUGUUAAAUUAAUUUUCUAUAUUUCAAUGUCAUCUAUACUAGUGUUGCUUUAAUUAUUAACAGUUUCGUGAUGAGGUAGAGAAGGAGGACUCUACAUUCAACCUACCUUAUAAGAUGAGCAAAGGAAAAAUAUAUGAAGGAGAGAAGGCUCAAUACUCUAUAAAGUAAGCUUCUGUAACAUAUUAUCAGUGGACGUAAAUAGAUUUAUAUCCAAGAAAGCUAUUCAUAAACUGAAGAUUUAUUUUCUUGAACUUUGAACAGAGAAAACAAUACAACUUCCUUGUGAUUUUUAUGCUACUGUUUGGUUAAAUAUUAAACAUGAUAAUUUUCGGUUUAAAAUUAGUGCAUUUUUCUACUAUUGACAAAUAUGUUUCCUAUUCUAGAAUGCAAUUUAACUCCGAGGAGCAAUGGACAAAAGCCUUAAAAUACAUGCUGACCAAUAUGAAAUGGGCUCUGGCUUGGUUGUCUGCCAGAAAAAGCCUUGGAGAUUGAUGGCUAUUCAGAAUAGGGUUGAUAUAUUUAGUUCAUAUUUGUGUAUUUUAUUUAUGACCUGGAAUCCUUUCAUGUAAAAUUGUAAUCAAGCUCUCAUCUUUACAAGCUGUAACUUUGUUAAUUUAAAAAACACCUUGUACUUGUUUGGUAUGGUAAAGGCAGCCAGUUGAAACACUAUUAAUGGUGAAAUCAUCCAGUAAGUUAGUAAGGGAUUUCAGGCAUUAUCAUUAAUUAAUUCACAUGAAUUAGUGAAACCUUUCAAAGUUGUAAACAUAUUUUUUAUUUUAUAUAUUUGGAUUAGUUGUGGAAUAUUUUUCAUCUCAGGCUAAUUCUGUUUAGUGAAAGUAUACAUAAUAAUAAUACAACUAGUUCUAUAAAAAAAUAUUUUUUAAGUGAUGCAUUCUCUAUGAUGUAUCAGUAUCCAUGCUAAAUGGUGAGGGGAGAGAAAUACAAUUUCUAAUAUUGUAGGAGGGAAGACACACUGAGUUAUAUGCAAGUGAAAAAUAAUUUUGGUGGCUGCUUCUUUAUUUCAAAUUUAGACUGUACAGUUGAGUGAGAGCUAAGUUUAAAAAACAAUGAAAGGCAGCACAUGGAGUCAUAAUGGACUUGUGCUCAAAUUCAAAUAUAGGACAUAAUUACCAUGCAGCUUAUUAUGCAUCAUUCAUUAUUAUGAUUAUUAUUUUAUUCUCUACACCUUUAUGUAGAGUUAAGCGAUAAAACCUCUGAUUAUACAUUUUCAAUCUCCUUAUUAAACCCUGCUUCUAAUUUGUGUCAUUUAGUUCUUUUUUUUAAAGUUAUUAACACAAUUUCCAAAUGUUAAUGUUACACAUAUAUAAAUUAUCAUAGGUUGAUAAAUAAUGGUUUGGUAAUUUUAGACUUUUCUGCAAUGCCACUCUUAUAUUAUUUGUGUAAGCUUAUAACCUCAUAAAUACCAGUAUAUGCAUCAGCUGCAAUUUGGACAGUUCUCAUGUGUUUUCAGUUAUAGUUAUAUUCUAAUUCUUAUGAUUGAUAAGCCAAAAUUUUUGUUUUCAGACACAUGCAAUAAUGAACCAAAUUAACAAAUGCAUUCUUAUUUCUGUACAUAUGAUUUAUGUGUAUGUAUACACACCUGAAUUUAUUUUUCCAUCACUUCUUAAGGAAUAGAUGAUGUAGUGUUUUUUAUCCAAUUAACAGAAGAGUUUUGUUAAAUAUGAACAAAAAUAUGGACAUUACUUACAAACUAUACUUGUAGAUGGAGAAAGAUUAAUAAAGAUGGGACAUUUUUCAAAGAGAUCAUAAUUAUCUUUCAACCAGGGGUGCCACUCACUGAAAGUUGUAAACCUUGAAAUCCCUUUCUAAAAAUUUCUUGAAACCUGUAACUUCAUUUACAAAUUUUUCAAACCCUGAAACAUAACAAAACUCAUAAAAUUCAUACACAGUAGAAAUAAUUUAAAAAAAAAAAAAAAAAAAA